AUGAUGGAAGCAGACUAUGCCGAGCGGCACAGCGUCCAUCGUGACUGCGCCGCAGAUCCGGAUCGGGUUGUGGCCAGAUUGUGCUCAUUUGGGAGGAAGAGGAAGGAAAAGCUGCAGAAAAUGCGCACCGAGAAACUGGAGAUGGAAAGGCAAUAUAUCAGCGACAAGUCUGUUCACCGUCAUGUGCAGCUGGACGCCGCAAAGGUUCAGCAGUCCAUCCGGCGUUUGUACCAUGAGGACUUGGAGAGGAGGGGCGCAAGGCUUCGGACGCUGCUCGCUGAGAAGAUGCAAGCAGAGUUGGAGGAGGAGGAAGUCUGGAGGUCAUCGGCGCAAUCGCUGGAGCGGCGUCUUAGGCUUGCGAGCCCAAACCAGGAAAUCCCUGGCGAUCGUAUGGGAAGAGCAGGCG